AUGGAUGACUACAACCGCUUUGUGGAUUGGGACAAAAUGGAUGUUACUGUCCAGAGCCAGGAUGCGAAAGAGCUAACCUGCACGGAGUUCCAGGAGCUCAAGCAGCUGGCCCGACAGGGCUACUGGGCCAAGAACCACUCUCUAAGAGCCAAAGUGUACCACAAACUAAUUGGCAACAUCCCGUGCCGCACAGUGACCCCAGAUGCAAAUGUGUACCGGGACAUUGUUGUGAAGAUUGUUGGAAAACGUAACAGCAGCUCCCUUCCACUACCAGAGUUUGUGGAUAACAGCCUGAUCCCCACAUACUGCCUGAACGCCGAAGGUGUCGGGGCAGUCAGGAAGAUUAUCUUAUGCAUUGCGAAUCAGUUCCCAGACAUAUCGUUUUGCCCAGCGCUGCCUUCCAUGAUAGCUUUGCUCCUCCACUACAGCAGAGACGAGGCAGAGUGCUUUGAACAGGUCUGUCGCAUCCUUGCUUGCAAUGACCCAUCUAAGCGGCUCAUCGAUCAGACGUUCUUAGCCUUCGAGUCCUCCUGCAUGACCUUCGGUGACCUGGUGAACAAGUACUGCCAGGCGGCGCAUAAGCUGAUGGUGGCCAUGUCCGAGGACGUGUUGGAGGUAUAUUCCGACUGGCAGCGGUGGCUCUUUGGAGAACUGCCGAUGGCGUACGUUGUGCGGGUCUUUGAUGUGUUUCUGGUGGAGGGCUACAAAGUGCUGUACCGCGUCGCGCUGGCGCUCCUGAAAUUUUUUCACAAAGUCAGAGCUGGGCAGCCCAUGGAGUCUGACAGCAUACAGCAGGACAUUCGCACUUUCGUGAGAGACAUUGCCAAGUCAGUGUCUCCGGAGAGGCUGCUGGAAAAAGCCUUUGCUAUCCGCCUUUUCUCUCGGAAGGAGAUCCAGCUUCUGCAGAUGGCCAACGAGAAGGCUUUGCAGCAGAAGGGCAUCACGGUCAAACAGAAAAGUGUUGCACCUCCCAAAAGGCAGAAUGUGCACUUAGCAGUUCAUGCUGAGAACUUCAAGUCUGAAAUUGUCAGUGUGAAAGAGAUGCGAGAUAUCUGGUCAUGGAUCCCAGAGCGAUUUGCACUUUGCCAGCCCCUCCUGCUUUUCACCACCUUGGAACACGGCUGUAGUCUGAGUAGGUUCUAUUCUCACAGUGAGGGACAUGAACCAACUCUUCUGCUCAUCAAGACCACAGCAAAAGAGGUCUGCGGUGCUUAUCUGUCCACUGACUGGAGCGAGCGCAGGCGAGGAGGGAGCAAGCUGAGUUUCUUUGGAACUGGGGAGUGCUUUGUAUUUAGGCUGCAGCCAGAAGUGGAACGCUAUGAGUGGGUGAUCAUAAAACACCCAGAACUGGCCACAGUCAGUUCAGAGCCAGAAAACCAUGCCUCACCAGCCUCCAGCACUCUCUCUUCUGGCAGCGUCCCGUCAGACCCCUCAGAUCGCCUUUCUCCCUUCUUGUCAGCUCGACACUUCAACUUGCCUUCCAAAACAGCCUCCAUGUUCAUGGCUGGCAGCAGCGAAUGCAUCAUUAUAGGAGGUGGUGAUGGCCAGGCUCUUUACCUCGAUGCGGAUCUGAACCAUGGAAGAACCAGCCACUGCAAUACUUUCAAUAACCAGCCAUUGUGCUCUGAAAGCUUCCAGAUCUCUGUCUUGGAGGUGUGGGGCUUCAGGGACACCAUGAAUGGUUGACAUGACUAUCAUUAAUAAACUAGUUUUUCAAUUGUCCUAGGAUUCCCAAGGCAAAUUCUAACACAGGAGCCAAGUUAGAACAUGAUUUCUGCUGGGCUCAGUGGUUUUUAGUAAUUACUAAGUGGUGUACUUGAAUGCA